AAGAAAAGAAGAUCCACACUGGUUGAGAGCAUCUUCAACAAAAGGAGAAAGCUCAUACAACAAAAACCCUCACCACCACCGAACCCAUCACGCAGCUUCAACAAAACCUAAAUUCCAUGGCCGAGAACCACGACAUCAACGCCAAAUGGGACGCCUGUCUCGAUCUUACGGUCCGUCGAUUUGUCUACUCUUCCUUGGCUGGGGCCUUUGGCGGUCUCCUUUUCUUCAGGACUCCGGCAACUCGUUGGGCAUCUGCGGCUUUUGGUGCUGGAGUGGGCAUUGGAUCUGCUUACACCGAGUGUUCUCGUAUUUUUGAUGGAUAUCCUACAAAGUUGGCAUCUCCUAAGCCAUCAAAUGCACCUGCUCCUGAAUCAUGAGGAUUGCUAGGAGUGAGCUGCAAUUUGAAGUUACAAAAAAAGAUUUUCUUGUCAUUGAGUUUGUUAUUGGCUUUUUGGGAAUGUAGUUCAAAUAUUGGUGUUGAUGGAAAAUAGUUUAACCUCUUCCUCUGAUAAAUUUCCAACGAUUUAUGUUA